AUGCUGGAACAUGUCCCUCCCAUCUACACCUUAUGUCCCGUCAUACUCUAUAUCGCCGGGCUGUGUGUCCAUCGAAUCUACUUCCACCGUCUCCAUCAACACCCUGGACCCUUGCUGGCCAAGCUUACGAACUGGUAUGCCGCAUACUACACGUGGCAGGGUACCAUCCAUCUCAAACUCCGGGAAUGGCAUGAUGCGUACGGCCCGAUCGUGCGGUUCGGCCCCAACUCCAUCUCCAUGAAUAGCCCGACGGCAAUGGCCCAAAUCUAUUCCGCUCGAGCCAACGUCCGCAAGGACGAUGCGUAUUCUGUGAUGAGCGCCAGCAGCCACAUCCCCAGCACAAUCAGCUGCUUGGACAAAGGCCAACAUGCAGCCAAACGCCGUAUCCUUGCGCAGCUGUUUACCCCCUCAGCGCUGAAGGGCGUCGAGGAGCGCGUUUUGUCGCACAUUCGCACCUUCUGCGCCUCGCUCGGGGAGUCCAGCCAGGAUGGACGAGCGACGGACAUGGCAGUACUGUCGGACUAUCUCACCUUCGAUAUCAUCAGCGACCUCUGCUAUGGCCAGGCCUUUGGCCUCCUCCAAUGCACAGCGCUCCGAUAUAUCCCAAAUGUGAUCAGCCGCAUCAGUCGUCGGAACGCGAUCUGCUUCAUCCAGCCCGCGAUCCAAAAAUACCGACUCGACCGCCUAUUCCUCGCCCCCAUCUCGACGCAGAUCCGUGCAUUCGGCCGCUGGAUCCAGCAACAACAAAAAGAGCACCCCCACAAAAUAACCCCCGACUUUCGCAGCCACCUCACCACAUCCACCAUUACCCACUCCGGCCCUGACCCCCGGCCCCUGACCAACAAAGAGGUCUGGAUCGAGCUCCUGCAGCUCGUCAUCGCCGGCUCCGACACGACGGCCGUGGCCCUCAGCGCGGCCGUCUUCCACUUAUGCCACCACGCGGCCGCCCUGGCGCGCGCCACCGCCGAAGUACGCACCCACUUUCCCACUACUGUCGAGGCCAUUCGCCCCGGCAGUCCCCAGCUCCGCCGCUGCACCUACCUGCACGCCUGCAUCCACGAGUCCCUCCGCCUGGCCCCGCCGGUGACGGGCCUGGCGCCGCGGCGGGUUCUUGAGGGUGGUAUCCAGGUCGACGGCGUGUGGCUCCCUGCCGGCAUUGUUCUCGGCUGCCCCAUCUACGCGGUGCAGCGCGAUCGGACCUGUUUCCCUGCGCCGGAUCGGUAUUUCCCUGGUCGGUGGGAGGGUGUGUUAGAUAGUAGUUGUAAGGGGGAGGAGAGUGAUGAUAUGGGCGAGGAAGAGAGGCAACAACAGCGGCAGAAACGGUCUCGGAUGCUGUCGGCCUUCUGUCCGUUUAGUGUCGGGCCCCGGGCGUGUGUGGCGCGGCGGUUCGCCAUGGACGAGAUUACGGUGACUCUGGCAAGGGCUCUGUUUCUGUAUGAUUUGCGGUUGGCGGGGAGAGAGAAUGCGGAUACUGGCACUGGUGCUGCAGGUGCGGCGGAAUACGCGCUGAAAGGGUGGAUGACUUCCGGGCGGGAGGGACCCGUUGUAUAUGCUUCGCCGAGAGAAGGUUGUUCGCUGUAG